CAUGUACGCCUCGUUUCGCAAGGACAAAAAGGAUGAAGAGGAAGGUGGGAGUGGGAUGGGCGGGACGGGGGCCGGAGGUGGUUCGCACGCCUUCGCCCAUCUGGAGAAGACGUCGGUACUGCAGGAGGCGCGCCUGUUUAACGCCACGCCCGUGAAUCCGCGGAAGUGUACGCACAUCCUGGCCAAGAUCCUGUACUUGUUGCAACAAGGCGAGAGCGUGAGCCCCACCGAGGCCACCGAGACCUUCUUCGCCAUCACCAAGCUGUUCCAAUGCCCGGACCCGGUGCUCCGUCGCAUGGUCUAUCUGGGCAUCAAGGGCUUGUCCAAUCUCUCGGACGACGUCAUCAUCGUCACCUCCUCGCUCACCAAGGACAUGACUGGCAAGGAGGACGCCUAUCGAGCCGCCGCCAUUCGCGCACUUUGCACCAUCACCGACGCCACCAUGCUUCAGGCCAUUGAACGCUACAUGAAGCAGGCUUUGGUGGAGCGCUCGCCGGCUAUCGCCUCGGCCGCCUUGGUGUCGGCUUGGCACAUGGGUCAGCAUCGUGGACCCGGUUCCACCGGCCCGGACGUCGUAAAACGUUGGGUCAAUGAAGCCCAAGAGGCCGUUUCGUCCGAUUCGAUCAUGGUGCAGUACCACGCCCUGGGACUGCUCUAUCACAUCCGUCGCGCGGACCGCUUGGCCGUCACCAAGUUGGUCUCAAAGUUGACCCGCAGCUCCCUCAAGAGUCCGUACGCCGUGUGCUUGCUCAUUCGGAUCGCUUGCCAACUCAUCGAGGAAGACGCGGACGAGGCGGCGGGGAGUUCCACCUCGAUCUACUUUGACUUUGUCGAGUCAUGUAUCCGUCACAAGUCGGAGAUGGUCAUUUAUGAAGCAGCCCAUGCCAUCGUCAACAUGCGUCGCACCACUAAUCGUGAAUUGGUGCCAGCCAUCUCUGUGCUCCAAUUGUUCUGUUCGAGCCCCAAAGCUACGCUCCGCUUUGCCGCCGUUCGCACCCUCAAUCAGGUCUCCAUGACUCAUCCGGCUGCGGUUACGGCUUGUAAUUUGGACUUGGAAAAUCUCAUCACGGAUUCCAACCGCUCAAUUGCUACGUUAGCCAUCACCACUCUGUUGAAAACGGGGGCCGAAUCGUCGGUGGAUCGCUUGAUGAAGCAAAUCGCCUCGUUCGUAAGCGAAAUCUCGGACGAGUUUAAAGUGGUGGUGGUUCAGGCCAUCAAGUCUUUGUGCUUGAAGUUUCCUCGUAAGCACGGCAUCCUGAUGAAUUUCUUGUCCGGAAUGCUUCGGGACGAAGGCGGUCUGGAGUACAAGACCUCGAUCGCCGAUACUAUAAUUACUAUCAUUGAGGAGAACCCUGAGGCCAAGGAGAACGGAUUAGCUCAUUUAUGCGAAUUUAUUGAAGAUUGCGAGCACACCACGUUAGCCGUGCGCAUCUUGCACUUGCUCGGAGCGGAGGGACCUCGAACCUCCAAUCCUAAUCGAUACAUUCGAUAUAUCUACAAUCGAGUGAUACUGGAGAAUGCCACUGUUCGUGCUGCUGCUGUAUCGGCUUUGGCACGAUUUGGAGCCUUGUGCGACGACCUUCUUCCCAAUGUGCUGGUAUUGUUGAGCCGCUGCCAAAUGGAUAACGACGAUGAAGUCCGUGAUCGAGCCACCUACUUCAAGGUCAUCUUGGAGCAACAGCAGCAAAACUUGAACUCUCAAUUUAUUUUGAAUGGCUUGCAAGUGUCACUCUCGAGCUUGGAGAAGGCCUUACAUAACUACACGUUGUCGGGUUGCGAUGCCCCGUUUGAUAUAAAGAGCGUGCCUGCGGCUCCCAUUGACGUCUCCGAGAAGAAAGCCAAGGCGGGAGAAAUGGGCAUGACGAGCAAGAAAGCCGAUGCCAAGCCCACGGCUACCAGACAUGAUAUGUUUGUGGAGAAAUUUGCUGCCAUCCCCCAGAUUGCCCAAUGUGGACCAUUGUUCCGGUCAAGUCAACCGGUCGAGCUUACAGAAUCUGAAACAGAGUACGUUGUCCAAUGCAUCAAACACGUGUUCCCCAACCACGUGGUCUUGCAGUUUGAUUGCACCAACACCCUCAACGAUCAAUUGCUCGAAAAGGUCACGGUAGAUAUGGAAAUCCCGGAUGGCUUUGAGUUAGUGGAAAUCUUGGCGUGUAAUAAGCUGGAAUACAACGUCAAGGAUACCAUCUACGCCAUCUUGGCCUCGCCUGAGGACGAAUUGAGUGAAUGGAUUGGCACCGUGUCGCCAACCUUGAAAUUUGUGGUCAAGGAUUGCGAUCCCAACACUGGAGAACCAGAUUCGGAUGAGGGGUACCCUGAUGAGUACGUGUUGGAGGACCUCGAACUCUCCGUGUCCGAUUACGUUCAACGAGCCAUGAAAGCCAAUUUCCCGGCAGCUUGGGAAGAAUUGGGCCCCACGAACGAGUUGGAGGACACCUAUGUGCUCUCUUCUAUGAAGACUUUGGACGAGGCUGUCAAAAGCAUCAUUCAAUUUCUGGGCAUGCAACCGUGUGAGAGAUCAGACAAGGUGCCCGAAGGAAAGAGUUCUCACACGCUCGUGCUAGCAGGCGUCUUUCGUGGUGGACACGACAUUCUGGUUCGUGCCAAAUUGGCUUUAUCCGAAGGUGUAACCAUGCAGCUGACGGUUCGCUCUGAGAAUCCCGAUGUCUCGGAGUUGAUCACUGCCACUGUUGGUUAAAAAAGGACUAGAAUGGUUUGUUUUAGAUGCAACGUCUACUCUAUUAUGUUUGCGUAAAUUAUACCCUAGCCUGUGAGUUUUGUGAAAUAUACAUCGGCUUCACGUUUUA